AUGCCAAAGAAUGCGUUGUCCACUACAGAGUCUCUCUGCACUUGCUCUUGUGAUGAGAAAAAUGGAAUUUCGACACGUCUCGCGCUUCACAGAGACACUUGCCAAUUUGUCAUCGUGCAUCUGAGUACCGGUGCUCGGCAGGCAUUGAACGACCUGCUGCCCACGCCAGCGAAGUCCCACUACCUCUUCAAUUUGCGUGACAUCUGGAAGGUCUUCCUUGGUCUUUGCAGUCUCAGCUCCAAGAAGUCCAACAAUCCCCUGACCGUGACCCGUUGCUGGGCUCAUGAGAUCCAGCGAGUCUUCGGGGACCGACUGACGGACAACCAAGACCUGCAAUGGAUGAAGACGCAGGUCGAGGGCGCGGUGAGCCAGGAUCUUGAGCAGAAGCUCGAAGUUAUCUUCAACAAGGAGCGCCUGAUCUUUGCAUCUUUCCUGACGCAGGAGGUGGAGAAUCGGACGUAUGACGAGAUCACAGACAUGCAGGCCAUGAAGCAGGCAAUCGAAGAAUAUCUGGAAGACUACAAUCAGGUAUUCUCGAUCACCAUGCCACUUGUCAUGUUCCUUGAUGCCUGCGAACACUGCGCGCGGAUUUGCCGUGUCCUGAGCCAGCCCAACGGCAACGUCCUCUUGCUCGGGGUUGGUGGAAGUGGACGGCAAAGCCUGACACGCCUGUCAGCGUACAUGAAUGAAGCAGACUGCUUCCAGAUUGAGGUGGCGAAAGGCUAUGGAAUGACGGAGUUCAAAGACGACGUCAAGAAGUGCCUGAUGAAAUGCGGCGUGGAGGACAAGGUUCAGAUCUUCUUGUUCUGUGACACCCAGAUUGUCAAGGAAGACUUUGUCGAGGCCAUCAACAAUGUCCUGAACAGCGGCGAUGUGCCAAAUCUCUACGCCAAUGAAGAUUUCGAAGCCAUCUCCACAUCCUGCCGCCAGCUCUGCCAGUCCAUGGGAAUGCAGCCCACAAAGGCAAACCUCUUCAGUGCCUAUCUGAGUCGGGUGAAGAAGAACGUCCACGUGACACUGGCUUUCUCUCCUGUUGGCGACAGCUUCAGAAAUCGUUUGCGAAGCUUUCCAUCGCUGGUCAACUGCUGCACAAUUGAUUGGUUCCACGAGUGGCCCGCCGAAGCGCUCUACUCUGUGGCGAAGCAGCAGAUCACCGGGCAGAGCGUUGAGCUUCCCAACCUCGAGGGCUCCUUGAAGAUGUUCCAGACCAUCCACCAGAGUGUGGAAACAUCCUCCAGGAGCUUCCUGAAAGCGACCAAUCGCCACGUUUAUGUCACGCCAACCUCCUUCCUAGAGUUGCUGAACAGCUUCGUCGGCAUUCUUGCGGACAAGCGCAAGCAGGUUGGUAUGCUGCAGCACAGAUAUAGCGUUGGUUUGGGCAAGAUCGGCGAUGCCGAAGAGCAAGUCGCAGGACUUCAGCAGAUGCUGGUUGACAAGAAGCCUAUGCUGGAGAAGACGCAGAAGGAAGUCGGCGAGAUGAUGGUGGUGAUCACGAAGGACAAAGGGGAGGCUGAAGAAGUGAGCAAGGCUGUUGCAGCGGAAGAGGCUGCCGCGUCAGUGAAGGCCGAGGAAACCCAAGCCAUCAAGGACGAUGCCCAGCGAGAUUUGGACGAGGCUUUGCCGGCCUUGGACCAAGCGGUGGAGUGCUUGAGGAAGCUGAAGAAGGAGCACAUCCAGGAAGUCAAGGCGCUUGCAAAUCCACCUGCUGGUGUACGACUCGCGUGCGAAGGCGUGUGCAUCAUGUUUCAGCUGAAGCCAGUGAAGAAGCCUGACCCGAGCAAUCCUUCGAAAAAGAUCGAGGAUUACUGGGAAACGUCGCAGAAGCAGGUCCUCGUGGAUGCAAAGAAGCUCCUGGAAGACCUCAUGGACUUCGACAAGGACAACAUCCCCGACAAGGUCAUCCAGACGAUCGGGCCCUACAUCGACAGAGAGGACUUCGACCCUGCAGCAAUCAAGAAGGCCUCCAUCGCCUGCGAGGCCUUGUGUUUGUGGGUCCGAGCGAUGUACAAGUACCACUUCGUCGCCAAAGCCGUCGAGCCCAAGCGCAAGCUCCUCAAACAGGCCGAAGCCGAACUUGCAGAAUGCCAGGAGAAGCUGGAUGCCGCCCAGUCCCAGCUACGACAAGUGCAGAACAAAAUCGCCGCCCUGGAGGCCGAUUUCAAUGGAGCAGUGGAGAAGCAGAAGGAGCUCCAGGAUGACAUGAAUCUCUGCGAGGUGAAGUUGCAACGAGCGCACAAGUUGAUUGGUGGCCUCGGCGGAGAGAAAGCACGAUGGGGACAGAAUGUUCAGGACCUCAACGCACAGUUGGGACUCUUGCCUGGUGAUUGCAUCGUGGCUGCUGGCAUGGUCUCCUACGCGGGGCCCUUCACCUCGCAGGUCCGAAGCGACUGCGAGGAACUCUGGCGAAAGGAGUUGACGGAGCUGGAGAUGGCCCACACCAAAGGAUGCAGCAUGUCAACCGUGCUCGGGGAUCCGGUCAAGAUCCAGCAGUGGGUGGUCUGCUCCUUGCCGAACGACCAGCUUUCCAUCGAAAACGGUAUCAUCAUCGACCGUGCCAGGCGCUGGCCCCUGAUGAUCGACCCACAGCGACAGGCCAACAAGUACAUCAAGAACAUGGGCAAGGACACCGAAACGGGGAUCGAUGUGUGCAAGCUCAGCGAGAAGAACUUCUUGCGAACGUUGGAGCUUGGCAUCCAAUUCGGAAAGUGGAUCUUGCUGGAGAACAUUGGCAUCAGCCUCGACCCCGCUUUGGAACCAGUGCUCGGCCAGCAGAAGGUCAAGGAUGGUUCCGGCUACGUUAUCAAGCUCGGUGACAAGUCCGUCACAUACACAGAGACUUUCAAGUUCUUCAUGACAACGACUUUGCCGAAUCCACACUACUCGCCAGAAACCUCGGUCAAGGUGACUCUGCUCAACUUCGCUAUCACGCCGAGUGGACUCGAGGACCAGAUGCUGGGAAUUGUGGUGGCAAAAGAACGUCCGGAUCUCGAAGAAGAGAAGAACAACCUCGUUGUCCAGAAUGCCAAGAACAACAAGAUCUUGAAAGACAUUGAGGAUGAUAUCCUUCGGCUGCUGGCCACGAGCGAGGGCGAUGUGCUGGAAGACGACACCUUGGUUGACAAGGUGACAGACUCCAAAGCGGUCUCUGACGAUAUCAACGAAAAGAAGAAGGUGGCAGAGGUGACGGAGAAGAACAUCGAUGCGGCACGCGAGAGCUAUCGACCCGUGGCCUUCCGGACUGCUGUGCUGUUCUUCUGCAUCGUCGAGCUGACGAACAUUGACCCCAUGUACCAGUAUAGCCUGCAGUGGUUCCAAAAGCUUUUCACGAUAGCCAUUGAUACCUCUCCGAAAUCAGAAGACUUUGAAGAGCGCUUGGGGAUAUUGAAGAGCUUCUUCACGGAGGCAUUGUAUCAGUCCAUCUGCCGUGGCCUCUUCGAGAAGGACAAGACGCUUUUCUCCUUCGCCCUCUGCACCAGCAUUCUGCGAGGCGACAAGCUCUUGGAUGACUCAGAGCUGCGAUUCUUGCUGGUCGGUCCGACGGCAGACCUGGUGGAGAAAGGGCCGCCGAUUCCAGAGGAGUGGGUCGGGAAACCGCGUUGGAACGAGAUCCUCACACUGUCGACCCUUCCAGCUUUCGCCGGUUUCUCGGACUACUUUGCUUCGCAUGUGUCAGACUUCAAGAAGCUCUACGACUCUGUGGAAGCUGACAAAGAGCCGCUGCCGGGGGAGUGGGACGCCAAACUUACACCCAUGCAGAAGAUGUGCUUCAUCCGGGCCAUGCGCAUUGACUGCUUGAAAUCAUCGGUGAUCACAUUCAUCUCGCAUCAGAUCGGUCAAGCGUUUGUGGAGCCACCCACCUUUGACAUCAGCAAAUCCUUCGCCGACUCGGUGAACACGACACCUUUGAUCUUCAUUCUGUCGCCAGGCACAGAUCCAGUCUCAGACGUCAUUGCCUUCGCUGACAAGCUUGGCAUGCUGAAGCGCUUUGAGUCGAUUUCCUUGGGGCAGGGGCAAGGGCCCAAGGCCAUGAAGCUCAUCGAGAAUGCUCAGGGCAGUGGUGGAUGGGUUUUGCUUUCAAACUGUCACCUGAUGGAGUCUUGGAUGCCCACCUUGGAGGCUGUCGUGGAGCAGUUCAACCCCGACAACAUGCAGACCAGCUUCCGUCUCUGGCUCACAUCUAUGCCGGCCAAGUCCUUCCCGGUGCAGGUGCUGCAGAAUGGAGUCAAGAUGACGAACGAGCCGCCCUCUGGCUUGCGGGCCAACUUGCUUCGUUCAUACUCCGCGCUGUCUGACGAACUCUUCAAGGAGUCUAAUAAGCCGGAGAUCUUCAAGACACUGCUCUUCGGCUUCUGCUUCUUCCAUGCGGUUGUCCAGGACAGGCGUAAGUUUGGGCCGAUAGGCUGGAACAUCGCUUAUGGCUUCACACCGGAAGAUCUGCAAGUCUGUCGGCAGCAGCUCAUGCUCUUCGUCAACCAGUACGAGCAGGUGCCUUACAAAGUCUUGAACUUCCUCGGGGCAAAGAUCAACUAUGGAGGUCGUGUGACUGAUGACAAGGAUAAGCUGUUGAUCUCGACGAUCCUUCAGACCUUCAUCUGUCCAGAGUCGGUGGAGCAAAAGGAUGGUUACAAGUAUUCCACGAGCGGCCUCUACUACGCCCCAGCUGCAGAAACGAUGGAAGAGUUCAUCACCUACAUUAAAGGUUUGCCUCUGUAUCCCAUGCCCGAAGCGUUUGGCCUGCACGAGAAUUGCAACAUCACUUGCGCCCAAGACGAAGCAUUGAAGCUUCUGACAGGGAUGCAAAGUAUGGUGUCCUUGAGCUCUGGUGGUGGCGAGGGAGGGUCUGCAGAUUCAGUAAUGGAUGACACGGCAGCAUCAAUUCAAGAUCGGCUGCCGAAGCCAUUCCCUUUGGAUGUCUGCGAAACAAAAUUCCCGACACUGUAUGAAGAGUCCAUGAACACUGUGGUCAAGCAAGAGUGCCUUCGAUACAACAAGCUGAUCUGGUCGAUGACAAGCUCUCUGAAAGAUUUCCGGAAAGCCAUCAAAGGACUUAUCGUGAUGACUGCCGAGCUGGAAGCUGCUGGCAAGUCCUUGUUUGUCAACGAGGUCCCCGAAAUGUGGUCCAAGAAAGGUCCUUUGUCCUUGAAACCCCUGAGCAGCUGGUACUUGGACAUUCUUGCACGCGUUGGGUUCUUCCAGAUGUGGUUCGAUCUGGGACAUGCGCCACCCGUCUUCUGGAUCAGUGGCAUCUUCUUCCCACAAGCGUUUUUCACGGGAGCGAUGCAAAACUUUGCCCGGAAAUAUGGGGAGGAGAUUGACCUGCUCUCCUUCAGCCAGCACACUAUGGAUCAGAUCAGCGAUGCCCCGGCACAACUGACCACGCCUCCCGACGAUGGGGUCUAUGUUUACGGCAUCUUCCUGGAGGGCGCGCGUUUCGACAACACGACCCACCAGCUCGAGGAGUCCCGUCCGAAGGAGCUCUUCACCGAUCUGCCGCCGCUGCAGUUUCUGCCUGUCAAGAAUCGUGUUCCUAACGCCUCAGACUAUCGGUGCCCAUGCUACAAGGUGGUAUCGCGGAAGGGAACUCUGCUGACAACAGGGCACUCGACAAACUUCGUGCUGUAUAUCGAGGUGAAGACGGACCAGGUCGUAGACAAAUGGAUCAAGGCAGGCGUGGCCGCUUUCCUGGCACUGAAGUACUGA